GUUGCCAUUCUUGUCUUGGGAUUCAAUGAAUUUAUGACACUUCUAAGAAAUCCUUUUUAUCUUGCUGUGAUAUUCGUUGCCUUUCUAGUGGGCAAGGCCAUCUGGGUCCAGCUAGAUAUCUCAGGCGAAUUCCGAAAUGGCGCUCUCCCUGGUCUCCUAUCCUUGUCCACAAAGUUCAUCCCGACGUUAAUGAACAUCCUAAAGAGGCUAGCGGAUGAGGGCCAAAGACCUGCAGCUCCAGAAACCCGGAGGAACACGGAAGUUGAUUCAAAAAGCUUCAGGAAUGGCGUAUAUAAUAAUUCAACAUCUGAUGCAUCUUCGAAUAUAUCCUCAUCAGAGAGCGGGCCAGAGUACUCGAGCCCCUUGGCACAAUGAAUUAGCGUGAGGGAUAGCUAGCCGUUAGAAUAAUAUAUAUAUAUAUCCCAUUUGUUGUGUUUCUCUCUGGUUUUUUUUAGAAUUUUAGCCAACUGCAAGAGCCUCCCUUUUUGCUGAGAUGCCCUUUUCCCAGGCUAGGGUUGGAGCUAAGGAAUGCAUUUAGAUUGUGAAGUUGUGAGACUUGGCUGUACGAGAGGGAGAAUUGAAUGUU